AUGCAGAUCUAUCCGGUCCUGCUCUUCGCAGUGGCCAAUCUCUUGCCGGAGACGCCCAGGUGGUGCGUGUUGCAUGGCGACAACGACCGGGCAAAGCGAAGCAUAGCCCGGGUAUUCGGCAAAGACCAGGUCGAGGACCGCAUCAAGGAGCUGACCGAGGCGCAUAAAAAGGAACAGGCGAAAGGUUGGAUCUCGUACUCGAACAUGCUUUGGCCGGGCGGUUCGCAGUUUCAUCCGACCGUCGUGACGGUCAUGGGCCAAGUCAACCAGGCGUUGACUGGGUACGGCGCGGUGUCGGUGUUCGGGGCGCAGAUAUUUGAGCUGCUGGGAUUCGAUAUCAACAGCGCCGAGUUCAUCACCCUAGGGAACUAUGUUUUCUAUUUUGCCAUGAUGACGGUGGCCUGGGUGCUGAUUGACCGCGUUGGACGACGCAAGCUGAUGGUCGUCGGGUCGUUCUGGCUCGCCGUCUCCUUUGCCCUGCUCACGCUCCUGGGCGGCCUGGCGUACAACCACGCAAGACUGUCAAUCCCUCUGCUGGCGGCCGGAGUUCCAGGCGUCGCCGCGUUGUAUCUCGCGACCGCGGUCUUUGGCAUCAGCUGGCUGGCUCCCCGCUGGCUCACCCCCACAGAGAUCUAUCCUUCGACGGCUCGCGCGCAGGGCGCCGCCGUCAGCGUCAUCGUCUGGGGCCUGGCCAACUUCGCCGUCACCUUUCUGACGCCCAUUGGCUUUGAGGGUCUCGAAUACUACCUGUUCCUGGUGUUUGCCGCCACCAAUGCUUUUGCCGGAUUGUGGACGUAUUUGUAUUGCCCAGAGUCUGGGAACAGGACGUUCGAAGAGAAUCAGGAGUUCUUCAAGGCCGCUGCCGAGACCGGGUCGUGGGUGGUGAGUCGAGUCAUGCACGGAGAGUUCAAGGUUCUGCCACAAGCGGAAGUGGAGGAAGAAGAGGUUGUCAUUGAUGGAGAGGUUAAUGGAAGUCAGGGGAAAACGCGAACAGAAAGGAGGAAAACGCAGAGAAAACCGGAUGCCCAUGAAGAGACGGCGCCUUUGUUGGGUCGGGCAGGCAGGGGUAGUACACAAUAG